UGUGUUUAGUAUUCUGUGCAUUGACUUACAGCAUUUACAGAAUUGAUUGCAAGCUAAUGAGCCACAAUUCCGAAUAGUUACAGUAUAAAUCGGUAUAAUAGUGAAAGCUAUGGGCAUAGUUGACAUUCGCCGUUCGAGUAUUACUUGUUUGUUGAUGCAUUGGAAGCUUUGCCCGAUAGUUCUUGUGUGAUUAACAAACACCUAUAAAUGUAUUAUUAUCUGUCUGCCCUUUCUUUAAGAAGAAAAGCCGUAAAAACUGCGAAACAACGUUAGUACACUCUAAGUCACAGAAAAAGAUGUUGAAGGGAGUUAAUGAGAUGGGAACGCAGCAACGUUUAUUGUAAGAGAACUUGAAAGUUUGUAGUUUCAUCUGUUAUGUGUGUCGUUGUGCAGACAACGUGAAAUUGGAUUAAAGCCUUUUCCUUUUGCAACUAUCAUUUCGCAUGUAUCCUCAUACUUUAUCGAACUGGUCGGGAAUGUGCACAUUUUUAUCAUCAAACUUUUCGGUUUCGUGCCGCUAGGACUCUUUGGGUUUUUAAGGUUUUGUGAAAAAAACCUUAUUAAAAUCGGUUUGCUGUCUGUCUGUCUGCCACACGCAUUUUUCUCGGAAGCAGUUAUAGGGAUUAACACCAAACUUGGUAAAAAGUUGGAAAUUGUGAACGCUCAAGCAAUCAGUUAGUUACAACAUUCUACACCGAAUUAAAGGAGAGGUCACCCUACAAGUAAAGGGGAGAGGGAACGGAUUAAAAGUGGCUGGCGGCCAGUGCAACGCAUCGUGUGAAAACAGGUUCCAGAGAUAUUUAGAUAUUGACCAAGCGGACUCAUUCCGUGAACUCGUCUCUAGAUUUAUCUGGCCACUCGGAUCAGGUGGAAAGUGACAACGAGGACGGCGUACUCGGACCCCAAUGCUAUUCUGCGUAUGUGCCCACGAUUGUGAGUGCCCGUAAACUGUGCCUUAAAUAGUACUAAUAAAAUAUUCAAAAAGUGGUUUAACGGGUCACAGAUUUCUCGGGAAAGAAAAUUAUCGGAUGCAGUGAAAAUGGUGCUAAACGUUCCGGAAAUGAUCGACAAAGUGAAAUAGUGUUCAGUGCGGAUUUAUCUCCUCAAACACCGGCGUAAGUUCAAAUGCGCGCAGCGAUCGCGACGGUUAUCGUGGUAUAGUGAACUCCUCACAGAACUCAUGGCGACCGCGUCGUCGCGAACCAAUUUGAAAUCGCCAACGAACAUUCCGUUGAAGAAAAUGUCUUCGACCAGCAAUAGUCUUAAGCUGAAUGGCAACUUGAUUGGGCUCCCAAAGCAGGCGGUACAGAUACACCAGCCGCCGCAGCAUCCGCAUCAGCAGCAUCAUCUCCCACAGCAGCCCCAGCCAUCUCCAGCUUCUACGUCAUUAACUGGUACUUCUCAGCAGCAGCAGUCUCCCCAGAUCGCACAUUCAGCUUCUGCGACAGUUCUGCCUCAAGUUUCGUCCAGUCUUCAUCAUUUUCACGCGGCCGGUAAUCCUCCAAGUGGAGCAGUUUUGAGUAGUUCGCAUUCCACGCACAUUCCACCACGCUAUCAACCGCCCCCGCAACCUUCUGGCGGAAUUCUCAAGCACUUACCUAACCAAAAUUCUAAACCGUGUGCCGGCUAUUAUCCUCCUGAUGGUUCUGUGCCCCCUCAUUUGAAUAUUAAGUAUCCACCGGAUAUCCCGAAGCUGGCGUCCGUUUAUAUCCCGGAAUCACUCAAAGCGGGCCCCGCGCAGCCCUCGCGAUUUGCCCAACGGCCACCCCCACAUCGAUUUUCCGCGGGACACGUCUCCGUGCACCACGAGGCCGAUCACCACGGUAGAGGUGGCACUCAAGUGCAGCAGCAACAACAGCAGGAUAUGCUGAAAUUCGUUAGAAAGCCUGACCCGGAUCCGGGGUCUAGCGCCGGUGCCGUAAGCGGAACAGGAACGAUGGCUGGAAUGCUACCAGGGCGACUGUCGGCAGAGCAAAAUCGCCAUUUACAGAAUUUGUUAGCUGAAUUACGAGCCUUGAAGGAUGCUAAUCAGAGGUUAAGCGAAGAUAAUCAAGAACUGAGAGACUUGUGUUGCUUUUUGGACGAUGAUCGCCAAAAAGGUCGGAAAUUGGCUAGAGAAUGGCAGCGUUUCGGUCGAUAUACAGCAAGUGUUAUGCGUCAGGAAGUCUCAGCGUACCAAAACAAACUGCGACAGUUGGACGACAAGCAACAGGAACUAAUUCGUGAUAACUUAGAAUUAAAGGAGUUAUGUUUGUAUCUAGACGAGGAGCGGGCGCAUGUAGCGGCUAAUACAUUAUGCGCGAAUUGCGGCUCCUCAACUCGACCCACCCUCCGAGAUGAUGGUGACGGAAGCAGUUCGAGUACAAAUGCGGAUGAGACUCUAAACAAUUUGCGACAAUACGAGCGGCAAAUUGGGAAUAUAACCAAAGAUCUGAACUUGAGGUCGACACUCAGCGAUCAAACAUUGCAAUAUGUUCGCUCGCUUGAGCGAAGGAUUCGUCAGUUAGAAGAGGAACGUGGAAAUGCUUCGCAACAGGUCCCAGACCCAAUCUCUAAUCGACCAGAAGCUGUCGUUAGAGCACUGCAAGUCCUUGAAGUUCGGGAGCAGCUAGAAAGGGAUCGCAACGGAAAUGCUGUAAAUGCGAAAAAUGCUGAGCAAAUGGACGAUGGCGAGAAGGCUCUCGUUCGUGAAAUGUGCAACGUCGUGUGGCGGAAGUUAGAGGACAACCCCAAUGGUCCUAAUAUUGAAACCAUUUAGGUGAACUUGCCUGAAUAUCUGAGUAUAUACGUAAUGUGCCGUAAGUUCUAAAAGUGAGUUUACAUUGAUGGCAAGAGGAAGUAACGAUUGCUAAUGAAAGCUUUAUGAAAUACCAAUGGAUGCAUGCACCUGCUUCGCAUAUCAACAGUGCCAAAUGGCUGUCAGCCAAAGGACCACCACUCGGCUCAAAAGGAAAUCACGCGGCUUGCAAACUCACUGUCUAUAAACGUGUAAUUUGCAUAUUCUUUUGUUCGGUACAGGGUUAUUCCCUUUGUCACUCCAUGACUCGUAAUUUCCAUCCAUGCCUUAGCGCCCUUCACAGUAGGUUCGGUGUGGUAUUCGUACGCUAAGUGCGGACGUCCAGGAUAGGAUAGGAUAAUUUCAAGAUAAUUUAUUAAAAAUUUGUUUUUGUUAUGUAAUUCCUAAGGAGGAACUAGACUUAGAGUACUUCUAAUCGUCUUGCCAAGAAGCUUUAGCAAUAUUUAGUAUUAUUUUGUACAAAUUUUUAAAUAUUGUAUUUAUUUGAUUGUAAAAUAAAUCUGUUAUCUGAAACUGC